AUGGGAUACCCCGUCCUUCGCAUGGCGCUCACCGCCCUCGCGGUUCUUCUCGCCCAGCGCCAAUUGGCAGCACAAGCACGCAAAAGAGACAAGCGCCUCUCACACUCGGAUGAGCGUGUGCUCAUCAUCGGAGCUUCGAGCGGCGUCGGUCGCGCCGUAGCAAAGCAGUAUGCCGCCCGCGGAGCACGGAUCUGCGUUGUCGCUCGCCGCGCAGACGAGAUCACCACCCUGGCCAAGGAGUGCGGGGACAAGUGCAUAUGGCAAGUCGCAGACUUCAGCAAUGUGGAGGACCUUGUCAGUCUAAGGACCCGGCUUGAGAAGGAAUGGCAGGGGCUGGAUACGCUACACAUUUGCGCGGGAGUAUCAGCUUUGCAACCCGUCAUGGCCCUCACCGGUGUCAAGUCCGCGGAGGAGGAUGCCGAGGCCGUUGGGAUUCAAGCGGCAGUCAAUAUCGCGGGGCGUGCUAUCAAAGGCAACUUUGAUGGGCCUUUGGCUUCCGCGCUGACAUUUAUUCCCAUGUUGACGAGAACGUCAAAAUCUCCCUCAAUACUCCUUGUCUCAUCAGUUGCCGCCGUCAUCCCCGCGCCGACAAGAGCUCUCUAUGCCGCAACCAAGGCUUCUUCUCUCCUGCUGUUCCAGUCAUUGGCCAUCGAGCAUCCGAAGAUCGCCUUCACUUUCAUCCUGCCCGCCACCAUUGAAGGAAACUUCCGAGCGUCCGCAGUGGAUUCGGGCCCCGUGAGGGAAGAAGACCCCAACAAGCACGGUUUGAAGAUCGACUACGUCGCUGAAAGAUGUAUCGACUCGGUCGACCGUGGUAUGACGGGCAACGUAGUGCUCCCGAAGAUGCCGUAUGCUAUCGCGCAGUAUCUGUACCUUCUCUGGCCUUCUUUCAUCGAGGGUCGGGCUCGUAAGAAGUACAACUUUGAGGCGUAG